AUGUCCUGCGGCUACAUCCCAAGUUGCGCUCCAUCCUGCGCUGUCCCUUCCUGCCUGCCAUCCUGCGGCUCCCCAUGUGGCUACCCCGUCGGCGGUCUGGGCUCCCUGGGUUCGUGCGGUGGGGCCUACGGCGGUGCAACACCCGCAAGUAACCUUGGCAUCGUCCCGGGGGCCAACAUCGGAUGUAUCAACCAACUGCCGCCCUCCGAAAUUGUGAUCCAGCCGCCUCCUUCUGUCGUCACCAUCCCAGGGCCCGUCCUCUCUGCCUCUUGCGACCCUGUUCGUGUGGGAGGAUACUCCGCCUGCGGUGGGGGAACCCCUCUCGGUUGCGGCCGCUUGGGUGGAAGUGUCUGCGGUUUCCCCUGUUAA